CUUGACGCCUUGAAACCCUUUAACGCCAGCCUCAGCCAUUCAUAAACUCUGCAAAAAAACAGAGCAGGAAAAAAAAAAAAAACAGAGCACUUCCACCACAAAUUUUAAAACCCCAUCAUUCCAAAAGCAAAAGCAAAAGAGAAAGAGAUAAGAAAAUAUAGAGAAUUUCACGAAAAGGGCUGGUUUUUGAUUUUGUGAAGAGGAAGUAGAGGAGGUUGAAGAGAAGAUGAUGCAGACGGAGCAGUCUCAGUCGGCGGCUCAGCCGCAGCAGCAGCAGCUGGUGGUGCAGAACUCCGCCGGAAGCCUCAGCUUCAACAGCAACAUGUCGAAGGAGGACGAGGAGAUGUCAAGGUCGGCGCUUUCCACUUUCAGAGCCAAAGAGGAGGAGAUCGAGAGGAAGAAGAUGGAGGUCAGAGAGAAGGUUCAGGCUCAGUUGGGUCGGGUUGAAGAGGAGACCAAGCGUUUGGCCACUAUUCGUGAGGAGCUUGAAGGGCUUGCAGAUCCGAUGAGGAAGGAAGUUUCACAAGUUCGUAAGAAGAUCGAUUCGAUUAACAAAGAGUUAAAGCCACUGGGACAUACCUGCCAGAAGAAGGAAAAGGAAUACAGAGAUGCACUCGAGGCUUUCAAUGAAAAGAACAGGGAAAAAGUGCAGCUUAUCACAAAGCUAAUGGAGUUGAUGCAGCUGGUGACCGAAAGUGAGAAGUUGAGGAUGAAGAAGCUGGAGGAGCUGAGCAAGAACGUAGAUUUGUUACAGUGAAGAAACUGCAGCCUAUGCGGGUAACUGAUGAUCCUGAUUAGGUCUGUGUGAUGAUGUAUUUAAGGUGACUUUUUUCAAUAUUUACAUAUAUGGGUGGUGAUUGGCUUUCGGUGUAAUUUCUAAGUUGGUUUGUUUCAUUAAUUAGUGUUUGGUAAUAACAUUUUUAGCUGAUUUAGGCAGGAAAUACCCUCUUAAAUUUAAACAGGUUUGUAACUAAAAGCAUCUGGCCUUGCAUUUUCCUUGUCAUUUUCCAUGUAUCCAAACACUGCGUAACGUCUCUUCUAGACUACUUCCUGGUGUAAUGUGGGGUUCUCUUUAACUUUCUUUGAAUUCUUUCUCAUUCAUUGUUUUAGUUUUGGAUGGUUUUCAAAGGCCAUACAUACUAUUUCUGUAAUAAUGUAAAGCUUUUUGAGUGA